AUGUAAUAAAUUGCAGAUAUUAAAGAAUUAAAAAAAUGUCCUCCUGAUUAAUUUUCCUUCUUACUCAGGAUUGGAGACAAAUGCAAAAAUGCUUCUCUUGCAAAUAUCUUUACAGGAGAUCCUGCAAUACCUGUGAUUGGUAAAUAUUCUAGAAAUCAAUAUCAUUUUUUAAAUGUAGAUGUUUUGAUAUAGAUGGAUUUAAAUUUUGAUUAAGGCUAGUAUUAUAGUUAAGGAUAAAGGAUAAAUUUACCUAACAAUGUAUUAAAGGUGUUACAUAACAUUCCUGAAUAAAUUAUACAUAAUAAACCUCCUCCAAAAGAGAAUAAUAAGAAGGGAGGCAAAAAACAAAAUAAAAAGUAAGGAAAAUAAUAAGAACAGUAAUAAUAAUUAAUUCAAUAAAUUGAUUAGGAUUAAUAAGUGAAAGAAUAAAAUUAACAUGAAGAUGAUUUUAUAAUAAUGUAAUUCCAUCCAUUACAAUUUCAUGUCUCUCAUAAUAUAAAAUUUAGUUGGAUUAUUAGUUCAUUACAAAAUAAAAAGAUACUUGAACCAAUGAAAUAAGAACCAUGUUUGAGUUAUGUCAAUCAUAAUUGGGUAUUUGAAGUAAUUAAUUUUGAACACACUAAAAAAUUAAUUUAACAUCUUCCGAUUUGUGUAGUAGAUCCAAAAGGAGCAUAUGAAUAUCCAGAUCCAUAUAAAGGACUUAGUUUUACAGGUCUAAGAUCUGAAUAUAUGUCAAUUCAUCUAGGUCCAUAAGGAUCACUUUGUUUUUCACCUAAUAAUAUGAAAUUAAUGGUUGAUAUGAAAUGUCCUUUAAUAUCAUUUUGGACUAUUAUUCUAUAAGAAGAUGGAAUUCAUCAAGUGAAUUUACAUUGGGUCAUUCUUCAUGAGAUGUUUUCAGAAAUGUCUCAUGGUAUUGCCAAAGAAGCCUAGACCAUAUAAUAAUUAAUAAUUAAUUAUGGAGAUUUCAAUGCUGACUUUAAAACAGAAUGUGAACAAAUAAACAAAGUUUUUGGUUGA